UACAAUCUCUGCUCCUUCCUUCUUUUCCGGUUGGCCGUGUAACCUCGCGUGCUUGUUCUCUCUUCGAGCUAAGGCCGCACCGGCGACUUGCACAUUUUUAAAAAUCCAUCCACAAGGUUUGACGAUAAAUAACGUUCGGUAACAUGUCCACAAAGGCUGAGCUCGCUUGCGUUUACUCCGCACUUCUUCUCACCGACGAUGACAUCGCCGUUACUGGCGAGAAGAUUCAAACUAUCCUCAAGGCCGCCAAUGUCGAUGUCGAGCCGUACUGGCCAGGUCUCUUUGCCAAGGCCCUCGAGGGUGUCAACGUGAAAGACCUCAUUACCAACAUCGGAUCCGGUGUUGGAGCCGCUCCUGCUGGAGGUGCUGCCGCUCCAGCUGCUGCAGCUGGUGGUGACGCUGCCCCGGCCAAAGAAGCCGAGAAGAAGAAGGAAGAACCAGAGGAGGAAUCCGACGAUGACAUGGGCUUCGGUCUCUUCGACUAAGGGAGUACCCUGGAGUGUACCUGUAUUUUCUAUUGUGCAGAUUUUGUACCAUGAAAAGACGCUAAAAUUAAAAAAAAUUUAAGAACCGAAA